GAUCACGGACUCGGCAAAUGGCUAUCAGGCUAGGAAAAAAUGGCGCCUUUGGGGGACUAUAAGAAGGGGGCAUGGCGACGGAAUUGGCACUCUUGUCAGUUUGGUGACACAGUGAACUUACUUGCAUACUUGACCAGUCUGACUAAAGUCAAAAACACCACUAUCACCAUGGCCACUUUGGGACUUUUGGUUAAAACCGAAUUGAAAAAAUCCUCCAUUUCCGCCAUUUCGCUCAACCGAAGCAACUACCACACUUUGAAAAAAUACCAAAAAUGUUACAAACUCUUGGGGAUUUACAAAGACGACAAGGAACUCAGAACCUCCCAAAUAGCGACAGUUGGCCGUCAAGAAGCCACCCCCGAGCCCCGCAACGAAUUUUCCGAGAUCACCGGUGCUUUGAAACUUUUCAUUAACUCAAACAAGAAAUCUCGAAGCGAGGAGAGAGAAAACUUCAAGAACCCUCUCCAAAUCAAGAAACGCCAAUUCACGAAAAUCCGGGCGACUCAGGCCGCCGAGAACGUGGUCAAACACCGCGUCUCAAAAAUCUCAGCUGAGAAGAAUGAGCAGAAUGAGAAUAACAUGUUUUUGCCCUUCUCGAAGAAGAAGUUUGGUUUGGAGCGCACCGUCGAGGAGAUGAUCCAAGAAUCGAUCUCCAAGGGCGAGUUUAAGAACCUUCCCGGAGUCGGGAAGCCGCUCCCGGAUAACGACAUCAGGAACCCCUAUGUGGACUUCGUGACCCAUCGAUUGAACGAGGUUUUAAUCGAUAAUGGGUGCACCCCCAAGUGGAUCACGCUCCAGAAGGAAAUCCGGGAGGAGAUCGAGACGUUGAAGGAGGCGCUUGCCAAGACUAGGGCCCAGUUCGGGCCCUACCCCCUCAACAAGGAGGAGGCGAUUAAAUGGGAGGAUGCUGUGUUGGACUUCGAGCAAAAGACCGAUCAAGUCAACAAGAAAAUUAGAAACUUCAAUCUUUUGGUCCCCAUUAUUGAGAAGCAGAUGUUCCAAGUGGAUUUGAAGAGGCAAGCGGAGAAGGUUUUGCUCAAUGGCAAGUUCAAGAAACCGGUGGUUGAACCGCUGAAGAGGCAGAAAUCUGACAUUUUUGAUUUUCUUGACGUUUUGUUUAAAUAAAUUUAGUUUAGUGUAUUUCGAAGAGUACUUAAUGGAAUUGUUUGGUAUCAAUUGAUUUUCUCUUUAAUUGGUACCAUUCAAUUCCAUUUCGGAAUUUUCGAAAUUUUCAUGUGAUAAUACUUGUGUAUUAUUAGUUAAUUUUCUCUUAGAAAAAUUGUUUUUGUUUCGACAAAAUUUAUGAAAAUGUUGCAAGACUUGACAUUUUUUUACAAAAAAUGGUCAAGCUUUCGGUCAGGUUUUUUAAAUAUUUAUUUUUGUAUUAUUAUUUAAAGUUAUUUAUGCUGUGGUGUGUAAGAUAUCCGCUAUGAUUCUUUCGUUCUCACGAAACUCUGCUUGUAUUUUAUCAAAUACACUUUAUUUGUAACUCUUGUCUUGGAAAAAUAAAGAAAAAUAAGCUGAA